AUGGAUGCAGCCCAACGUGGAAUUCUCAUGAACAAACUUGCAGAUCUCAUGGAACGGGACCAUGUUAUUCUUGCAUCGCUAGAAGCACUCGAUAAUGGAAAACCAUACGGUGUGGCAUAUGCGGCUGAUGUAGCAUUAUAUUAUGCCGGAUUCGCUGAUAAAAAUCACGGAAAAACUAUCCCUAUCCGCGGUGACUACUUUACCUACACGCGACAUGAGCCAGUCGGAAUCUGUGGGCAGAUUAUUCCCUGGAACUUCCCCCUUUUGAUGCAAGCAUGGAAGCUUGGACCUGCACUUUCUAUGGGUAACGUCGUUGUUAUGAAACCCGCAGAGCAAACACCUCUCUCAGCUCUUCACGUAGCAAGUCUCAUCAAAGAGGCAGGAUUCCCUCCCGGAGUAGUCAACCUCAUUCCCGGGUACGGCCCAACCGCAGGUGCAGCUAUCUCCGGACAUAUGGGCGUUGACAAAGUAGCUUUC